UACGCCUGCGCGUCUGUCAGAAAUAUAGAAAUUAUUCGCACCACUGUCAAGGACUAAUUAAUUGUUUUUAGUUUCCCCGGAAUUAUGCUACAACUUGUGUUUUUAUAAAUAUUUAUGAUACGUUAGAUAAUAAAAAAAGAGAAGAGGUACCACAUUCGAAAUUCAAAAGUGAGGUUAAUCAGCAGUUCCUCUAAACUCUCCGAAUAAAAGGCAAUGAAGUUCGAAGAAGCAGUUAUAUUACAAUUAAUGUUAUGAAUUUAAGAGUGCGCAAAAGUAAAUCAGGAUCUUUCAGAAUUGGAAGCUGAUUAUAACUUAAAAAGGAGGGCUAAUAUAAGGAAACUCCGCAAAUUGUUAAAAAAAAUACAAGCCAUUGCUUGCAAUGUUACUACUGUCUACGAUUCGCUAUGAACCUUUGACUCAAGACAUGAUUGAAGUGCUAAAUAAGAAGCGUAUUUUCACCGUAUUGGAAUUUCUGCGUUGCGAUAACAACGUGCUAAGUCAGAUUUUGCCGUUGACGUAUCAGGAAAUAAACGAAAGCAAACGUUUCUUGACGAAAACAUUUGCUCCUGAAGCGACCAACGCUUUCGAGAGCUACAAAACGGUGUUAACGAAAAGCGUUUUAAUUCUUACGGGCAUUAAAAGCAUUGACGAUCUUCUUCACGGCGGAAUUUUGACAGGAAAUAUUUAUGAAUUUUGUGGGUUACCGGCUUGCGGGAAGACGCGUUUAUGCUCAAAAAUUAUAAACAAAAAUCUCCUAUUGGGUAUAGGCAUUUUUGUGCUGGAUACGAAACAAGAGUUUGGCGCUUUGCAGAUUAAAAAUGCGCUAGAUCCUUCGAGCAAUGAGGACCUAACUAGUGCUUUGGAGCAUAUUUUUGUACACGAAAUCACUACUAAAUUCCAGUUGGUCAGCAGUUUAUUCGACAUUAAACGUCAAAUUGAAAACGGCAAGAAAGUACGAUUGAUAUUCGUCGAUUCCUUAUCGGUUUUGUUUCUUGGUUCAAAGGAUUUUGUCGAAAAUAAUAACAUAUUAAAUCACACGGCAAAUAUCCUGCGUUUCUUAGUCAACGAGUAUCAUGUGGCGGUCAUCGUGACAAAUUUGAUGACGCAGUGGUUCGAUGACGUGAAAGAUUCGUCGAGUUUAAGGGAGACAGUUGCUUGCGGCAAAUAUUGGUACAAUGUUCCUGACAUUAGACUAAAAUUGGAGAAACUCGCCGAUACCACGACCAGAGCUACUUUAUUGAAAGACGAUCAUCACAUUGCUUCCCAAAUGAAUACGUGUACUUUCGAAUUUGAUUGUGAAUGAAUAAGAACUAAUAAAUAUGGUAACCGACUGAUUGACGAUUUGUUGUACCGAUUUGAUUCUCUCACAGAUUCAAUAUUGUGUUUGGCAAAACAAAUAUCAAUGCAUUCAUAUUUAAGCUUGUACUUUUUUACGGGGGAGUAUCCGAACGUGAAGAUGCCGAUGCCGACAUUUGAUUGUGCUUACUCUGUAGUUGAAAGCGUUUUUCGCUCAAAACAAGCAAUUUUAUCUCUUCAGUAGCACAUUGGUGAAAGAUUUGAAACACAAAUAACAAACAGAAUUAUAAAGGAAGUACCAUCAUUAAAUAUGGGAUACUGAACGGGACAGAAUAAAACAAUCAGCAUGGCGAUGAUGCGCGAAAGCGGAACAGGAUCUCCAGAGACAGCUACACAAUAGAAAAAAACUAAGAGCAUAACUUAUGCCAAAGAAUCCGUAAGGUGUAAACUUGUAGUACAAACAAAACUAUCGAGCAAGUCUCACAAUUGAGAUGUCAGAUCAAUAAAGCAACCGCCAUAUCGGGCUGCUUAAGGCAUAUAGUAUAUAUUAAUACCUACGUAAAGACAACAUAGUUAAAGUCUAUAAGACCUGUAUCAUUUAUGACAUGAAUGACAAGAAUAAUGUGUUUUUCUUUUCUGUGAUCUUAUUUAGAAUUUUUUUCGCAAUCUAAUAUUAAAAAACGUUAUUGCCCCAUUAACCAAAAUUAAAACUUGUACUGGAACCUACCUGUUAGUUUAUGCCUGUUGGGUAGAUUUUAUUUCUUUUAUUAAUUUAAACUAAUUGAUAAAAUUUAAAUUAUAAAAAGGAUUAGAGUACAAUAAAGAAUCAAGUACUUUCGCACUGUAAACGCUUUCAUCAUAAACAUAAUAAUUUGUGACGUUGCAGCAUACUAAUAUAAUGUAACAUUACCAACAUUAUAAUUAUAAAAACGUAAUUGUAAUGAGUAUAUCAUUAACAUUCAUUUACUGAUUGUUCAUUUUUCCUUGACUUGCGGCUAAUUGCAAUUGUAAUUAGUUUAUCUGUUAUUGGGAAACUCACAACUUCUUUCCACAUGAUUUAUUUUGUUUAUUUAUUUAUUUGAAAGUAGUAUCAAAAACACCCAGUACAUGUUUUGGAAACGUUGA